AUGAAGGUGGGCAGUGGUGAGAGUACUUGUUUCUGGGGUGAUCGAUGGCUUGUAGAUGGUCCGCUUAAAACACAAUUCCCCGCUGUCUAUGCGAUUACUUCGUCAAAGGGCGGGACUGUGGCUCAAGUUCGAACAACUGUAGAUGGUGAGGUUUGGUGGGACUUGGGAAUCAACAGAAGAGUUCAAGACCAUAUGGUGAGAGAAAUAAGCUCCCUCCUUAAUUUGCUUGACGGUUUCGUGCCGGAAGAUGGUAAUGAAUCCGAUUAUAGAGUAUGGUUGGGGAAUAAAUCUAAUGGGACUUUUACAGUGAAGUCUUGUUACCUGUGGUUGAUCUCUGACUGCCCUUCUCCGGAGAGGUUCAUACAUCCUAAAAAGAUUUGGUCUAAACAUUGGCCAACGAUUGUUAGCUUCUUCAUGUGGGUAGCAGGCCUGGAAAAGAUUUCAACCCAAGACAUGAUGUGUAGAAGAGGAUGGUAUAAAGAAUGGGUGAAUCAUUGCUACAUGUGCGUGCGGGAUGGCGAAUCAGCUAAGCAUCUUCUCAUCCAUUGCGACUUGGCCUGGCGUAUAUGGGGUCUUUUUCUCAUGGAUUGGAACAUCAAAUGGGCAACUCCUCCUGAUAUUACUUCUCUCAUCUCUAGCUGGCCUGUUAGAUCUAACUCGAAGAGGAAGGUAUUGGUGUUGAAAGUGCUCCCGGCCGCUAUACUUUGGAAUUUUUGGAAGGAAGGAAAGGAAUCUCAGGGCCUUCCAAGAUAUCAGUAA